AGGAGGUGAUUACAGAGUCUAUAAAGAGCCUCUCUCACUCUGUCCUCCUGAUUUCUGCUCCUCACAACUUCUGUUAACAUUUCUGAUUUUCAACAUUUAAACUUUAUUGAAACAUUAAAGCGAACAAACAGCCUGCAGCCACAUUAACCUCAGGCUGGUUUAUUUUCAUUUCUCAACAACAACAGGUGGAGAUUUUUUGAUUUAGGAUUUCUUUUAAACUUUUGGUUCUCCUGGAGGACUGUUCCUCCCCUCACACCGGCUCCCUCCUCACCUCCUCCCCGGGUACCCCCACCCACCCACCCCCCUCAGCCAUGGGCUCCGUGCUGCCCGGUUCCUCUCUGGGCCUGAAGCCGGGCUUCAAGCCGCAGCAGCAGCAGCAGCCUCUCUCCCUGGCGGACGUCAUCACCUCGGACAUCCUGCACAGCUUCCUGUACGGCCGCUGGAGGCACGUGCUGGGCGAGCAGCACCACCACCACGCGCCCCACCAGCAUCACCUGCAGCAGGAGGACCGCACCGCCCCGAGCGCGAGCCCCAAGACGGCGUUCACUGCAGAGGUGCUCGCGCAGUCUUUCUCUGGAGAGGUGCAGAAGUUGUCCAGCCUGGUUUUACCCAGCGAGGUGAUCAUCGCUCAGAGCUCAGUCCCAGGAGAAGGUCUGGGGAUUUUCUCUAAAACGUGGAUCAAAGCAGGAACAGAGAUGGGACCGUUCACCGGACGCCUCAUCUCCCCGGAGCACAUCGACCUCUACAAGAACAACAACCUCAUGUGGGAGGUGUUCAACGAGGACGGUACGGUCAGGUAUUUCAUCGAUGCGAGUCAGGAGGACCAGAGGAGCUGGAUGACGUACAUUAAGUGUGCGAGGAACGAGCAGGAGCAGAACCUGGAGGUGGUUCAGAUCGGCAGCAGCAUCUUCUACAAGGCUGUCGAGACGAUCCCUCCGGACCAGGAGCUGCUCGUCUGGUACGGAAACUCCCACAACACCUUCCUGGGAAUACCUGGGAUUCCUGGAGGAGACGAAGAGCAGGCUAAGAAGACCAAAACUGAUGAGUUCCACAUCUGUGAAGGCGUCUCCACCACAACUACCACCCCCUCCCCCGCCUCCUCCGCCCCUUCCAUCAGUCUGGGUCGUAUGCGUUGCGUGAUCUGCCACCGCGGGUUCAACUCCCGCAGCAACCUGCGCUCACACAUGCGCAUCCACACGCUGGACAAACCCUUCGUCUGCCGCUUCUGCAACCGCCGCUUCAGCCAAUCGUCCACGCUGAGGAACCACGUGAGGCUGCACACCGGCGAGCGCCCGUACAAGUGCCACGUCUGCCAGUCGGCGUACUCGCAGCUGGCGGGGCUGAGGGCGCACCAGAAGAGCGCCCGGCACAGACCCAGCGCGGAAGCAGUGGCUGCAGGAGGAGGCGUGGUGGUUCACUCUGCCCACUCACCUCCUCCUCACCCGCCGCAGCUGACCGCCAUGCCUCACCCUGCGUCACUGGUUCACCACAUACCGACCAUGGUGCUGUGAGACAGACACACACCUGACACACACACACACACACACACACACACACAGAAAGACAGACGCACCUUUAACUUCGACACAGGCUCAAUUAUUUAAAGAUGGGGAAGUGGUAUAAAAAGAUGACACUGUGUCUCCUCCUCCUCCCGUUGUACAAACAUGAAGCCAAAAUACUGCCAUGAUAUGUUCCACAUCUUAGUCUGUGCAGGGAUCAACGGGCGGAGCCGGUAUUUAUAUUUAACUUAUUGAUAAGACACCAGAUCCCUCAUGUGGGAGCAGUCACUCUGUACAGGAGGCUCUAAAUGUUUGACUCCACUUUUCAGGAGCCGUCACAGCGUCCAUCUUUAUUCUCCUGUAGCUGACAGGUGAACGGGGCUGACUGUGGCUGUACAUUACAUGCAUGCAAUCACAUGUUUACUGGACAGAACACGGUGUAAAUCAUGAUUUGUAGAACAGUUGCAUGAUGGGAAAGUGUCAGCAUGUGACUCCAUCUUAUCAAGUCUUGAAAUCCAGUAUCUUUGAGAUGACGAUGUUGUGUGUUGGUUUGCAUGCAGAUGGUUCUCUGUAGAUUGUUGUAAUGUGUGUGUUGAAUACAGGGGGCGCUACAGUCUCAGCGCAGUCUGAGCUUCAUCCUGCUGGAAUAAUAUCCUUCAUGCUAGCUCUGCAGCUCACAUGCUAAAGCUCAAAUAAGACUUUUUGGAUUUUGGAAUUAAAGCAUGCUAAUACAGUAGCAUCAGCAUCUGCUUGUACAGCUGCAUUAUAAAGAGGACUGAAAAGACCAGAUCCCUGUAGAGAAGCUCAUUAUUGAAAAGAAGGUGGAGCCUGAUGCUCUGAAAUUCUAUCAUUAUUAAUAUCAAUAUCAGUUUAUGUUUGCUGUGCUUCAGCUUUGAGUUGAGACCCAAAUUGGGUCUUACACACAUUAAAGCUCCUGUGAGGAACUUUCUUUUUGUGUCUAUGUUGGCGCCCCCAUGUGGAUAAAGGGAGGUAGCUUUUAUCUCUGCUUAUUAUGACCAAUACAUCCUGCUAUUUUUUAACUUAUCAAGAAUCUUUGAGGUGUAAAACGGUUUAAAGAGGGCUAUUUGCCUGACACCUACCCUGCACCGACAGUUUCAUGCUUAAUUAUUGAUCAUUUAGAAAACGGCAAAGUGUUUCUGACGGUCUGAUUUUCUUUUGUACGUCAUGAAGAGGCAUCAGUAUAAAUUUCAGCCCAUUUCAUAAUCGGGUAAAAAUUCCUCACAGGAGCUUUAAAUUGAAACUAUUAGAAUCUACAUUUCUAAUCUUUGUAAAUGUUGAUACUUCUUUCUCUUUAAAUAAUGAAAGUUAUGAGAGUCGGCCUUUCAUGUAAAUAAGUUUAAAACUGUUAAAGAAUGUGAAUAUAAAAAUAUGCUUUAUGCCCAGAAUAUAAUUCAACUGUCACUUUAUCUCUGUAUAUGUAUAAGGUCAUGUACGACACAUGUAUCAGUAUAUAAGUAUGCUAUGUUGACUUCUACAAAGGACACUGUAUUUGAGCGUAUGUACUCUUAAUAAAGUAUUACUUCACCUCUGA